AUUUACUAAUUAUUAGAAUAUAAUAUAAAUAUAAUUAAGAACAAUAAUAAUUCAUGACACAUAAUUCAGUAAUAUAUAUCAACUGGGACCACACCUACACGUUUGUUAUAAGAUACAUCUUAGUUCAUGGAUUUAAUUUUUUAAUUUUACUAAUUUCAUUAUUUAUAACUGUUAACAUGUGUGGUAUAAGUGCGAGUGACGAGUACUAAUGACAAAUACUAAGCACCAUGUAAACCCGGCCUUAGUAAUAAAACAUGUUUCUAUUCACUAAUAAUAAUCACUUAUACUCUUACUUUUCACUUUUCACACAAUAAAUAAUAGAGCAAAUGAAAAAUACUACACAUUGUAAAAACCUGGCUUAAGGGGAUUCAACAUUGAUAUAAAUAUCAACCCUAACGCGGUAUAAAACUGUAGAAGUUAGGAAGGUCGGAUUUUGACUCUAAAAAAAGUUUUGAAAUUGUCAAUUUGUCUUCUAGAGAUCGAUCGAGGCGAUUUUUUUUAAAUUCAUUACUGGCCUAGUAAUUAAAUAUUACAAAUCUGUAAUUUUAAACGUUGAUAAUAAAUAAAUUUUUAAUCAUUUAAAAAAACUGUUCGAUCAUUCCCCAGUAGACAGACCGGCAAAUUUAAAUCUUUUUACAGAUUUUAAAUUCGAUUAUUCAAAAUCCCACAGUUGUAUACUGCUUAUGAGCCUUUUGAGACCGGAAACAAUAAUUAAUUUAUGAAAAACACCGUUUUAAUGACGUUGCGGAUUGAAACUACUGUACGUGCGUCACAUUUCGCGCUACUCCCCACCACUCUCACACUACUUCACAACUAAGACUAGUGUGGCGCCUGCGGUAUCGUAAGAUAAUAUUUUUAGAAUCAUAAUAAUAAUAAUACCAAUAUUAUCUUCUACGGCUGUAUGGAAACCGGCUAUGGCUAUAAUACCUAUUGUAAUUGUAUAGUACAAAUACUAUAACUAAUAAUAUAAUAAUAUAACUAGUAUUUCUGUCAUUACUCAUCGAGGUAUGAACUUGAAAUUUCAUUCCUCAACUGCAUGGUGAAAUUUUAUUUUCGAAUUAUAAUUUAUAAUGGAUAAUUUAAAAAAUUGGAGGAAAGGUAAAAAAACAAAGGUGCUUUUAUCUAGACGUAAAAAGCACCCGGGAAAUAUAUCUGCGUUGAUAAAAACUACAGACAAAAAUAACGAUUCUUUUUCUGUCGAUACUACUGCGAUUAGUGAAAAUGAAAAUAUUCCCUUUCAACCACAUAUGCACGGAAAAGUUACUUGUUUGGAUUCUAAAGAAGAUGAAAUAUUAGCUUUACCACUUGACGAUAUAUCUCAACCUUCAGAUUUAAAUAUUUCAACCUCUCCUUUAAAAGAAAAUUUAAAUACAGAUGCAGAUAUACUCGGAAGAAGAAUUGUGAAUAUUUCGCAUUUAUUUAAUGCAAUUAAAUUGAUUGAUAGUCAUAAACCUUUUGACUGCAGUUUUAAAGAUAUGCGAAUUAUUAAAGAAAUUAAAUAUGGUUUUAAAUCCACUUUUGUUUUUAAAUGUGAUAUGUGUAACACUAUUAGAAAAUGUAAAUAUGCAGUAUUAUAAGUAUAAGUAUAAGUAUACAAACUAGUACAGUCAUGCAUGUGUAGAAUAUACGUGUAAUGUAAAAGUAAUAUAAACGACAACACGGUUGCCGAUUAUAGAAUGA